AUGGAGGACGAGAGGAAGGACGGAGCCUACGGAACGCCGCAGAAGUAUGACCCCACCUUCAAAGGACCCAUUUACAACCGGGGCUGCACAGACAUCAUCUGCUGUGUGUUCCUCCUCCUGGCCAUCGUGGGCUACGUGGCUGUGGGGAUCAUAGCCUGGACCCAUGGAGACCCCCGAAAGGUGAUCUACCCCACUGAUAGCCGCGGCCAGUUCUGCGGGCAAAAGGGCACAAAAAAUGCGAACAAACCCUACCUGUUUUAUUUCAACAUUGUGAAGUGUGCCAGCCCCCUCGUCCUGCUGGAAUUCCAGUGUCCCACCCCCCAGAUCUGCGUGGAGAAGUGCCCCAACCGAUACCUCACCUAUCUGAGUGCUCGCAGCUCCCCGGACUUUGAGUACUACAAGCAGUUCUGUGUGCCUGGCUUCCAGAACAACAAGGCUGUGGCUGAGGUGCUUCGGGAUGGUGACUGCCCCCCUGUCCUCAUUCCUAGCACACCGUUGGCCCAACGAUGCUUCCCCGCCAUCCACGCCCACAAGGGGGUCCUCAUGGUGGGCAACGCGACGACCUAUGAGGACGGGGACGGCGUCCGGAAAAACAUCACUGAGCUGGUCGAGGGCGCCAAGAAGGCCAACGGGGUCCUGGAGGCUCGGCAGCUGGCCAUGCGGAUCUUUGAGGAUUACACCGUCUCCUGGUACUGGAUCGUCAUAGGCCUGGUCAUCGCCAUGGUGAUGAGCCUCCUGUUCAUCGUGCUGCUCCGCUUCCUGGCUGGCAUUAUGGUCUGGGUGAUGAUCGUCAUGGUGAUUCUGGUGCUGGGCUACGGAAUAUUUCACUGCUACAUGGAGUACGCCCGCCUGCGUGGUGAAGCCGGCUCGGACAUCUCCCUGGUGGAUCUCGGCUUUCAGACAGAUCUCCGCGUGUACCUGCACUUGAGGCAGACCUGGAUGGCUUUCAUGAUAAUUCUGAGCAUACUUGAGGUUAUUAUCAUCUUGCUGCUCAUCUUUCUACGGAAGAGAAUUCUCAUCGCCAUCGCACUCAUCAAAGAAGCCAGCAGGGCUGUGGGAUACGUGAUGUGCUCCCUGCUGUACCCACUGGUCACCUUCUUCCUGCUGUGCCUUUGCAUCGCCUACUGGGCCAGCACUGCCGUCUUCCUGUCCACUUCCAACGAAGCUGUUUAUAAAAUCUUCGGCGAUGCCAACACCUGCCCAUUGAAUGGGAAAACCUGCAACCCUGAGACCUUCCCCUCCGCCAACGAGUCCCGCCUGUGCCCCGGAGCCCACUGCCAGUUCGCCUUCUACGGUGGUGAGUCAGCUUACCACCAGGCCCUGCUGGGCCUGCAGAUCUUUAAUGCCUUCAUGUUCUUCUGGCUGGCCAACUUCGUGCUGGCUCUGGGCCAGGUCACGCUCGCCGGAGCCUUCGCCUCCUACUACUGGGCCCUGCACAAGCCAGAUGACCUGCCUGCCUUCCCGCUCUUCUCCUCCUUCAGCCGCGCACUCAGGUACCACACAGGCUCCCUGGCCUUCGGUGCCCUCAUUCUGGCCAUCGUGCAGAUCAUCCGAGUGAUGCUGGAGUACUUGGAUCAGCGCCUGAAAGCUGCCGACAACAAGUUUGCCAAGUUCCUCAUGACCUGUCUCAAAUGCUGCUUCUGGUGCCUGGAGAAGUUCAUCAGAUUCCUCAAUAGGAAUGCCUACAUCAUGAUCGCCAUCUAUGGCACCAACUUCUGCACCUCGGCCAAGAACGCCUUCUUCCUGCUGAUGAGGAACAUCAUCAGAGUGGCUGUCCUGGACAAAGUUACUGACUUCCUCUUCCUGUUGGGCAAACUUCUGAUUGUGGGUAGUGUGGGGAUCCUGGCUUUCUUCUUCUUCACCCACCGUAUCAGGAUCAUACAAGACACAGCACCGCCCCUCAAUUAUUACUGGGUCCCUAUACUGACGGUGAUCAUCGGCUCCUACCUGAUCGCCCACGGCUUCUUCAGCGUCUACGGCAUGUGUGUGGACACCUUGUUCCUCUGCUUCUUGGAGGACCUCGAGAGGAAUGAUGGCUCGGCCGAGAGGCCUUACUUCAUGUCUUCCAACCUCAAGAAGCUGUUGAACAAGACCAACAAGAAGCUGGCGGAAUCUUAA